UUUUACACAUUUUAGUAUUAUGCUUACAUAAUUUUGCUACCAUAUUUUUUCGUUAUUAAAAUAAGUAAUGAUACUUCAAAUAUGUAAUAAUAAUUGUUUCAAAUAGGGUGAGGAUCGAGGAAGAGGGAGAAGUGGUAAUCCUUUAAAUACCAACAGGGGCUGAGGUCUUGUGAAACCUACCUCUUCUCUUUCUGUCUUGCAUUAGCAUUGUAUUAGCAAACAAUUGAUCAAUUAAGAAACCCUCUUUUAUAUUUCAGUGUAGCUGAAAUUACCUCAUCAAGGGAUAAGUGGAAGGCCCGGCGAAAUUAGAUUGUACGUGACAACUGACAAGUGAUCGCAGAUCAAGACGGGUUUACCACUGUGGAUGCUUGGGCUGCAGUCUUACCGGUUGCUAGCCGACAUGAAUCGUUUACUUGCUUCACUCUUCCAUCAGGGAGUGCUGGAUGAGCACUUCUUGCAGCUACAACAGCUUCAAGAUGAAAGCUCCCCAAACUUUGUGUCUCAAGUUGUCAACAUGUACUUCAACGAGUCAGAGAAACUUUUGCGCAGUCUCAGAGCUUUGUCGGUGGAUAGAGAGCACUGGGAGUACAAGAAAGUGAGGUUGCAUCUGAAUCAGUUAAUGGGAAGCAGCUCCAGCAUUGGCGCUAAUAGGAUCAGAAAUGUUUGCAUCGCCUUUCGUGCAGCCUCAGAACAGAAUAACAGACCGGGGUGUCUGAGGGCUCUGGAUCUUUUGGAACAUGAAUUCUGCUAUCUCAAGAACAAACUCCACGAAUUCUUCCUUAUUGAGCAACAGCAAGUAUUGGCAGCUGGAAUCCGAUAUCCUAAUUAUCCGAUGCCGCAGCAUCCAAACUAGCUAGCUCCAUCGCCUCUCUAGCUCAAUAACUAGGCACACACCAUCAAUCUUCUAAGUCCGAUCUAUUGUAUAAUUACUAUUUAUUCUCCGUGUUUGAUCUCAAUAGAGUUGCAAGCCAGCGCUGGAAUUUGACAACAUACCUUACAAAUUCACUUUAUGGUAGUGGUCUUGCAUUUAGGGUUGAAGUUUUUCUG